UUUGGCCAGGAGCCAAGCCCAGUGACUGAAGAAGUAGGGAACUUGGAGUAAGUUCAGUUACCGAGGCGGUGCGGGGCAGAUCGGUGGAUUUUAAGGGUCUGAGAGGCAGCCAUGUGAUGCCCUCUUCAACAACCAGAGGAGCUCCUAGGUGAACGUCCCAGCACCGGGAGUACGGGCGAAGCUGCCGGUCUUGGGAGGGGAUAAACUGCGUAUAAAUGAGAAGAGAGGAGUCUACCCGAAUGCUAUGGAGGGCAGCAACUUUGUUGCUCUGACCUUUACAAGCCUUCAAGGAAAUUCCAUGGAGUUGGACUAAAAUAGAGUUUUGGGAUGUCUCUAUUUGGAUUAAAAUUUGGAAAGAAGAAAUUGAAAGAGGAGGAGAGACAACUUCAAGCAAACAACCGGGAUUUUAAUCUGCAGUUUGAAUAUGCUAACAAUACAAUUAAAACAUCGAAAUACAACUUCUUCACUUUCCUGCCUCUCAACCUGUUUGAACAGUUUCAGCGAAUAGCCAACGCUUACUUUCUUUUCUUGCUGAUUUUGCAGCUGAUUCCUCAGAUUUCCUCACUGGCCUGGUUUACAACAGUGGUGCCCCUCGUGCUGGUGCUGGCUGUAUCAGGAGUCAAGGAUGCCAUUGAUGAUUUUAAUCGACACAAAAGUGACAAACAUGUCAACAACCGCCCAGUCCAGGUCCUGAUCAAUGGAAUGUUAAAGGAUGAAAAAUGGAUGAAUGUCCAAGUGGGGGAUAUAAUAAAACUAGAAAACAACAACUUUGUGACGGCUGAUCUACUGUUGCUGUCAAGCAGUGAGCCUCACAGCCUGACAUACAUUGAGACUGCUGAGCUGGAUGGUGAAACAAACCUGAAGGUGAAGCAGGCACUGACAGUCACUGCAGAGCUUGGAGAAGAUCUUCAGAAACUGACAGAGUUCAAUGGUGAAGUAAGAUGUGAGGCACCAAAUAACAAGCUAGAUAAGUUCACAGGAACUCUGACUCUUCGAGGAGAGAAAUACGCCCUGGACAAUGAGAAGAUGUUGCUGAGGGGCUGUACUAUUAGGAACACAGAAUGGUGCUUUGGUCUUGUUAUUUAUGCUGGGCCAGACACCAAACUAAUGCAGAACAGUGGAAAAACAACUUUUAAACGGACCAGCAUUGAUCGGCUGAUGAAUGUCCUUGUGUUGGUGAUCUUUGCAUUUUUAGGACUGAUGUGUCUUAUCCUAGCCAUUGGCAAUGGCAUCUGGGAGUAUAAUAAGGGCUACUACUUCCAGGUCUAUCUGCCCUGGGCAGAAGGUGUUGACUCAGCCUCCUACUCUGGCUUUCUCAUGUUCUGGUCCUAUGUGAUCAUUCUAAACACAGUGGUUCCAAUUUCGCUUUAUGUCAGUGUUGAGAUUAUACGCUUGGGUAACAGUUUCUACAUUAACUGGGACAGUAAAAUGUAUUAUCCUCUGAGUGACACUCCAGCUCAGGCCCGUACCACUACACUCAAUGAAGAGCUGGGGCAGAUCAAGUACAUCUUCUCAGACAAAACAGGAACUCUCACUCAGAACAUCAUGUGUUUCAACAAAUGCUCCAUCAAUGGCAAAUCCUAUGGUGAUGUCCAUGAUAUGUCUGGACAAAGGAUAGAAAUAACUGAGAACACAGAGAAGGUUGAUUUCUCAUACAACCAGUUAGCCGACCCAAAGUUUGCUUUCUAUGACCAUAGCCUGGUGGAAGCUGUGAAGCUGAGUGAUGUCCCAACGCACAGGUUCUUCCGGCUGCUCUCACUUUGUCACACAGUGAUGCCAGAGGAGAAGAAGGAAGGUAGCUUGGUCUACCAGGCCCAAUCUCCUGAUGAGGGAGCCCUUGUCACUGCUGCCAGAAACUUUGGCUUUGUGUUCCGGGCUCGCACACCAGAGACCAUCACUGUUGUGGAGAUGGGAGAAACAAAAAUCUACAAACUCCUGGCUAUUCUCGACUUCAACAAUGUUCGCAAGCGGAUGUCUGUUAUUGUGCAGAGUCCAGAAGGUGACUUGACUUUGUACUGCAAGGGAGCUGACACCAUUCUUUAUGAACUGCUUCAUUCAUCCUGCGACUCUCUCAAAGAGGAGACCACAGAACACCUGAAUGAGUUUGCUGGUGAAGGCCUGAGGACACUCGUGGUGGCCUAUAAAAACUUGGACAAAGACUACUUCCAGGACUGGAGCAAGCGCCACCAUGAAGCCAGCACUGCCUUGGAAGGACGGGAAGAUAAAUUGUCAGAGUUAUAUGAAGAGAUUGAAAAAGACCUAAUGCUGCUAGGUGCCACAGCAAUUGAGGACAAGUUACAAGAUGGAGUUCCACAGACAAUUGAGACUCUUGCCAAAGCCAACAUUAAGAUCUGGGUUCUUACUGGAGACAAACAAGAGACCGCAAUGAAUAUUGGGUACUCCUGCAACUUGCUGAAUGAUGACAUGGAUGAUGUUUUCAUUAUUGAAGGCAGCACAUCUGGUGAUGUACUUAAUGAGCUCAGGAAUGCAAGGAAAAAGAUGAAGCCAGACUCCUUUCUGGACAGUGAUGAAAUCAACAUUCAAUUUGAAAAAUCAUCAAAAAACUCAAAAGUUGUUCCUGAUGAGCAAGCAAAUGGCGUGUAUGGUCUUGUUAUCACUGGCCACAGCCUGGCUUAUGCACUGGAAGGGAAUCUUGAGCUGGAGCUUGUGAGAACUGCCUGCCUGUGCAAAGUGGUGAUAUGCUGCCGGGUAACCCCACUGCAGAAGGCCCAGGUGGUGGAGCUGGUGAAGAAAUACAAGAAGGCUGUGACCUUGGCAAUCGGAGAUGGUGCCAAUGAUGUCAGCAUGAUCAAAACUGCCCACAUUGGGGUUGGUAUCAGUGGCCAGGAGGGGAUGCAGGCAGUCCUGUCCAGUGACUUCUCCUUUGCACAGUUCCGCUACCUGCAGCGCCUGCUCUUGGUCCAUGGCCGGUGGUCCUACAUCCGCAUGUGCAAGUUCCUCAAAUACUUCUUCUAUAAGAACUUUGCCUUCACAUUAGUGCAUUUCUGGUAUGGCUUCUUCUCUGGCUUCUCUGCACAGACAGUCUAUGAUGAGUGGUUCAUUACACUUUACAAUUUGGUAUAUACCUCCCUACCGGUGCUAGGAAUGAGCCUCUUUGAUCAGGAUGUGGAUGACCGCUGGAGCAUGCUGUUUCCUCAGCUAUAUGUGCCUGGCCAGCAAAACCUCUACUUUAACAAAGUGGUGUUUGUCAAGUGCAUGUUGCAAGGGAUCUACAGCUCCCUCAUUCUCUUCUUCAUCCCCUUUGGAGCCAUGUACAACACAAUGAGAAGUGAUGGGAAGGCCAUUGCUGACUACCAGUCCUUUGCACUGAUGGCCCAGACCUGCUUACUGAUUGUAGUGUCUGUACAGAUUGGGUUGGACACCUCUUACUGGACAGUUGUAAACCAGUUCUUCAUCUGGGGUAGUCUUUCGGUUUACUUUGCUAUCACCUUCACCAUGUACAGUGACGGCAUGUACCUGAUCUUCACAGCCUCCUUUCCAUUCAUUGGUACGGCUCGAAACACCCUCGGCCAACCCAACGUGUGGCUCGCAAUCUUCCUCAGCAUCACCCUCUGCGUGCUGCCUGUAGUUGGCUUUCGAUUCCUGAAGGCUCAGUUAAGGCCAACUCCCAGUGAUAAAGUCCUCCUUAAGAUCAAAGAAGCCAAAAAGAGGCCACCUCCACCCUCACCCAAGAGACGCCUGCGCCGCACCAGCACCCGGCGCUCUGGCUAUGCUUUCUCCCAUCAGCAUGGCUUUGGAGCACUCAUUAUGUCUGGGAGAAACAUGAGGCCAAAAUCACCUUUUGCCACAACAGGAACAUUUUCUCCAAAUAGUGACAAAUAUAAACACAAAGGACUGUAAAUAAAAAAACAAACUAAACCAACCAACGAACCAACCAAAGAAACCCAACCACAUAAACAAAA